AUGAUGUUUUUCACUGCAUCAGCCAUAUCUGCGAGUGAUUUGAAGGAGAGGGAUGCAUGCAGCUAUGAAGUGAUUGAUGCAAUGGUAUAUCUCCUUUUUAGGGAUAAAACGGAAGAUUUGAAAUUUGAAAAAGGCAAUUUAAUUUGGAUCCCCAGAGCAGAUCUGAGAAUCUCAAACCGAUUUGCGUCUAGAGGCUUAGUCAAGGGUGGUGAAUUGAAGCUGCGCUAUGGUUACGAAGAAGGGGAUUUCGUACAGCCUGCUUUAGAUGAAGUUUUCGGGCUCACGGUGAUUGAAGCAAUGCACUGUGGACUGCCCACCUUCGCCACCAAUCAAGGAGGGCCUGCGGAGAUAAUUGUUCAUGGUGUCUCAGGCUUUCACAUUGAUCCUUACAAUGGUGAAGACUCCAGCAAUAAGAUUGCUGACUUCUUUGACAAGUACAAGUCAGAUGGCAGAUAUUGGAAUAAGAUUUCCCUGGAAGCUCUCAAGCGCAUAAACGAAUUGUACGUACCUAGCUAG